CACACACACACACACACACACACACACACAGUAAAACACAGCACAGCAGGCACUUAAAAGCCAACGCCAUGGCGUUUUGACCACCAAUUUCACCCCACAUCCAAACAAUCACCAUGAACCCUCUCCGUUGACAAACGCGCAUUAUCCCACGCGUAAUGGCGAGCGCGCUGCAGAUGAAGCCCUCCAGUUUGGAGCACACACGGAAGCGCGCGAUAGAUCCACGAAGGAGACAAGCUGCACUCUCAUUCCUCAGCAACAUCUCUCUGGACGGACGACCAGUGCAGGAUGACGGGGAGAGUCAGACCGAGGACGAGGACAGCUCGAGGACUAGACAGAGCCUGGUUUCUGCAGUGGGCCAGCAGGCAUUGGCCGAGGCAGCGAACCAGGCUCUCAGCAGUGCCCGAGCUGCUGGUUUCAUGGCUGGGAUCCCGGCCUCUGGUGCUCCUCCUCCUCCUCCAGCGUGCGGUGCGGGUGCGGAUGGGGAUGUGUGCGGUGCUCAGGUGCUCCAGGCCGUGUUCAGCUCCCCUUUCUCAGCUGUCCCACCGGCUACGAGAGGGAGACUCCAGACGUACACAGGAAUCCUGCCCGUGUCCUACUCCAGGCAGUCCAGCCAGAACUACGGUUGUCUAGAUGGAGGGCAGAUUGCCAACUCUGCCCUGGAGCUGCAGAGAUCCAGGCGGAGACUAAUAUCCCAGCGCUCUUCACUGGAGACUCUUGAGGAUAUUGAGGAGAACGCCCCUCUACGCAGAUGCCGAACGUUAUCUGGUUCACCCCGACCAAAGAGUUUCAAGAAGGUCCACUUCAUCAAAAACAUAAGACAACAUGAUAUGCGCAAUGGAAGGAUAGUCCUUAUCAGUGGCAGAAGAUCCUUCUAUAGUGUUUUUUCUGUCCUGCCCUAUCGAGAUUGUAGCCAAACAGGGGAUGUGAAGGCAGAAAGCGGGCGCCAGCGGCACCCCUCGGGUGGCAUCAGUGCCAAGGAGAUGGUGAUCGGCCUGGAGGGGGUUGAAUUGGGUGCAGAUGGCAAGACAGUGUCAUACACACAGUUCCUGUAUCCAACCAAUGUCCUGGGUCGUCGAAACACCAUCGACUCCACGUCGUCUUUCUCUCAGUCUCGCAAUGCCAGCCACCGCAGCCUCAGCCUGGCACGUGCCAACAGUAACCAGAGUAGCCUCGAUACAGGGAAUGAACUGGGAGAUUUUAGGGACUAUGACCCAAAUCUUCUGGAUGACCCGCAAUGGCCAUGUGGAAAGCACAAAAGAGUGCUUAUCUUUCCCUCGUACAUGACCACAGUCAUUGAGUACGUCAAACCCUCCGAUCUCAAGAAGGACAUGAACGAGACUUUUAAGGAGAAGUUCCCUCACAUCCGUCUAACGCUGAGCAAGAUCAGAAGCCUGAAGCGCGAGAUCCGUAAACUGGCUCAGGAGUGCGGCUACGAGGAGUCCACGGUGGCCAUGGCCUUCGUUUAUUUCGAGAAGCUGGUGCUCCAAGGGAAACUCCACAAACAGAACCGCAAACUCUGCGCCGGUGCCUGCGUCCUGCUCGCGGCCAAGAUCGGAGGAGACCUAAAGAAACACGAAGUCAAACACCUGAUCGAUAAACUGGAGGAGAGGUUUAGGGUGAACCGUCGAGAGCUGAUCGCCUUCGAGUUCCCCGUUCUGGUGGCCCUAGAGUUUAACCUGCAUCUCCCAGAGCACGAGGUCAUGCCCCAUUAUAGACGCCUCCUGCAAAACUCCUAGCGAAAGCCCCCAUCAGGGGAGUUCUCCUUCUCUCCUGAUCUUCUCACCCCAGAAGCCCCCUAUGCACAUCGCCAACGUCCACUAUCAUCUCCAGAUGUUGGAAAGAAGACACUAUUCCACUGUUCUCUUUUCAGCCAAAGUGACAGCUCUACAUCAAACUUUUGUUUUCGCUCUAAGAAGCUACUUUCUAAAGGGAAUAGAUAUUCCCAGACUGUUGAUUUCUCCGUUCACCAAGUGAUUGUUUUCGUCAUUUUCUCAACCCCAUGUUACUCUAAACUAGUAUGCUGUUGUUUUCUCCAUGAAACACAAACGGAGAACUUUUGAAGAAGCUUCAUGUUUGUCUUUUCCAUGUAGUGACUAUAUAGAAACAUGCCAUGGAAUUGGGAUCCUUUCAACUUGAGGGAUGGUUCACCCAAAAAGGAAAACUAUUCCAAAGCUGUGUGACCUAUGACAGACGAUAUUCUGUUUUUGCCCAUACAAUGAAAGUCAGUGGCGUCCAAGGAAUAUGCCAUUGACUUGCAUUGUACUUUUGUAAUCCAAAGAGGAAGGGAAGUCAUAAAGGUUUGGAUUGACAUGAGGGCGAGUGUAGAUGAUGACAGAAUUUAUUUUUGGGUGAACUAUCCCUUUAAACAUUAUUUGCUGAAAAUGAAAUAUUUGUUGUGUUUCAUGUAAAUAAGAACUGCAUACUGGCUGGGAUUACAUUGAGUAAAACAUUGAGUCGAGGGUGAGUGAAUGAUGACAGAACUUACAUUUUUAGAUGAACUUUUCACAAGAACUGUCUUUUUUUUUUUUUUAGGCAGAACCAGUUUGGACUGUUUGAUUUUGCAUUAUUUCCACAGAUUACAGUAUUCCUGUAUUUUUCCAUUCUUCACAUCUUCCUUAAUCCCAAAGUUUGACACUCUGCCAAAUCUGACUAGUUUUGAUCGCUCUUGGUCAAGCCUUAAAAAAAAAAGAAAAGUCGAAGGAUCCUGAACUCGUGCAGGUAUGUGACUGUUCUUCGCUGUACUACAAGUGCACUUGUAUGGCUGACCUUUAUGGCAUCUGCAGAAGCUCUAGCUGGGGGGGUCUUCAUCUCAUUUCUCAUUUAAAUUCAUUUCAGCCAGCAUUCCCCCUGUUCGUGUUACCACCAAGCAAAAAUAUGUUGCAGUGGCAUCUCGAGUGGGGCUUUUAUACAGUUCUUAAGGGGUACAUUUACGUACCCCUGUCGUUUUUCUACCCUUGUGCAUUGACUUUGACAGUUUAGUGGUGUGGCUUGCUGCACUCAUGGUUACUGUGUCCGUGCUCUAUGUUAGAGUGUAUUCUGAGCACAUUUGUAGUGCUAACACUGUAUGAAGCAACAUCAGGUCAUACCGCUGUGAAUCGAUGCUAACUAUUUGGCCUAACUCUAGGCUCAGCAGUGGCGGGAAUGAAAUCUGUAUGACUAAUAUGCUACGGUGUUGACUAAUGCAUGCACACCAAAGCAGUGUUAAACAUGCGUUUAACUUGUAAACGCUACUUUUAAACAAUAAUGUUUGAUUUGAUGAUUAUUUUGAAUCCGUUUCCGCUGAACCAGAUAUUUUCUAUCACCAUUGGUGGUACAGAUGUUUUUGCGUGUAAGCUGAAUUUUAGUUCUCAGCGCACAGAUUGUGUUACUACAUUCAUAAUCCUGUUUGUGUUAUGUUCACUAUGCACUACGCAAUUCCAUUGAUCAGUUAUAAACAGCAGUUUGAAACUGAUGCAAAAUAAAAUCAGUUCUAAUCAAGUAUCUAAUAGCAGAAGGAAUCAAACACUUUUUUUAGAACAGUAACUUGCAUUUAACCACUUAAUUGUAAAAUGAAUAAUGCCUAGAAUGUGAAGUUACAUAUAUAUAUAUAUAUAUAUAAAAUAUAAAAAGAACAAGAUUUGGCCUUGUGAAAUGCACUUUAGGAUUGCUAGCAAGUGACUGGGAUGGAUGCCUAAAACCGACGAAACAUUUGUACGAUGCAGAUACAUUUGUGUAAAUAUGCUGCUUUGCUUGUUCAAUAAAAGCUACAUUUUGAGAAAUGCUU